AUGUCCACCUUAAGAAACAACAUUUCUAAAAUCCUCCGCUGUCUCAGUCCCUCAAAUGAAGCCGACACCUCGAGGUCAGAGGUCCAUUUGACCAAAACACUGUUUCAAUCCAUCCGAGACAUGUCGCUAUCAAAGAUUUGGAAGAAGCGACUCAACUUCCUCGCCGGCAAUGUGCUCGAGUUUGGCUGGGUCGUUGUGAUUUAUCUCAUGAGUGAGCUUAUCAUUUGGGGCUUGAGUAGGGCGCUGGCGCCUAUACAUCUCGAGUUCUUUUCUUCCAUUUUUGGCAUGAUUUUGACCUUUUGCUGUAUGUCUUUCGCCUAUUUGUGCUUCAGUGGUGUUGAUGAUGUCUACCAAAGACACAUAAAGUCAAAGGUAGACUUCAUCAACGUCCAUUUGGGCUUGGGUUUUCCUAUCCCUCUGGUAAUGCUCAACCAGAGCGAUAUCCUCGGUGGUCUCGACAUUGCCUGCAUCAUUGGCAACUUUGUAGUGACAAAUCUUGCUUCGUGGGUCAUGGUCUUUGCUCUAUCACUCCUCACCAUGACCUUCGCAGUAAGAUGGACCCAGGUUCCAGACGACUUCUGCCUCCCUCAGACUCACACAGAAGUCCCGCCCAGGAUCGAAAACAGUUGGCUCUCCGACUCGACUCUGGAUCAAUUGCCUCAACCCAUCUUGGGUUGUCGCGAAAAGACGAACCAACCAGCACCCGACCGAGACACUGCCCCUUCCACCACAGCCAGUCAACGAUCAUCCAUCGCUCUCAAGGAUCCCAUCGAUGCUUCCCGAGUGUGGCACCUCUGGACAUCCAACUUCCCUUUACUCGCCUCAUUCAUUGGCAUCUUCAUCGUCGGCGCACCAAUCGCCGCUGCUGCCAACGAAGACCGCAUUCUCGAUGGGUGUGUAUUGUGGUUCAUAUGGGCACUCACCCUACGCCUCCAACGAGAAGUCAGAACCGCCAAGAUAGGCGCCAACAUGCCCAAGCUCAAGAACGCGACCGUCACGCUUAUGAAUCCUGUUCUGUUCACGACUCUUUUGAUGACGGCAUAUACCCGGGCCAAGGCUGGAGCAUAUGGCUUCCACAGUCUGUCCAAGGUGCUGGAGGACUUUAGCAGUGGCACUCCGCUUUACGUCCUCUGGACUUCGGUGGCAACAGGAACACCUCUUUCGGAUGACCGAACUCCGUGGUUUGGUGCUGGUGAUGCUGCGCUUUCGAUCCUCGAGUGUGGUAUCUUGAUAUGGGGUUUCAAAUUGUAUGAGUGUCAGCGUCAGCUAUUCAGUCUAGCUGGACUGCUAACGGUGUUACUUGCGACAGCCGCCGCAGCCGGCAAUGUCUUUGUUUCUGUUCUCUCAGGAAGCUUGAUAGGUUUAGAGCCGUCUGAAGCGCUAUCAUUCGCCGCACGAAGCACAACAUUGGCACUCGCCAAGCCAGCCAUGGCAGCAUUGGGCGGAAACCUCGGUGCCAAUGCCGCCCUCGUAGUGAGCAACGGGAUCCUGGGUCAACUUUGUUACCCCUUCGUACUGGACAAGUUGGGUGUCAAACGAGAAAACAACCUCAGAUCCGAAAAUAGCAUUUCUGAGUCAGACGGCAGAAGCUCGCGCUUAAGCCUCAAACCCCUGCUAAAGACAGCUCAGCAAGAUUUAGCAAGCGGCGACGACCCCUUCACCAUCUCCGCAGGCAUCGCCGUCGGUAUCAAUGGCGCAGCCAUGGGCGUAUCAUAUCUGUAUGAAACAAAAAGUCGCGCUGCUCCAUAUGCUGCUCUCGCAAUGACGGUAUCCGGUGUCAUGACGGUGGUUUUCACAACGGUAGAACCCUUCAAGGGAGCCGUUUUGGACUUGGCCAGACAAUAA